AUCUUCCUCCCACUCACGGCUGCAACCCCAGUUCUUCUUCUCCGUUUCAGCUCAGUGCCGCCGCUGCCUCUCUCACGCUCAGUGUCGCCGCCGCAUCCUUCAUCGGUUUUCUACUCUCUGGUUGCUACUGGGAUUGCUAACUUCUCAAGGAAAUUUCGAGAAUCUCAAUGGGGAAGAACGAAUUUCUAACCCCCAAAGCGAUCGCAAACAGAAUCAAGGCAAAAGGGCUCCAGAAGCUCAGAUGGUAUUGUCAGAUGUGUCAGAAGCAGUGCCGUGAUGAAAAUGGCUUUAAAUGUCACUGUAUGAGUGAAAGCCAUCAACGCCAAAUGCAGAUCUUUGGCCAAAACCCCCAUCGUAUUGUUGAAGGUUAUUCCGAAGAGUUUGAGAGAUCUUUUAUGGAGCACAUUAAGCGUAGCCAUCGGUUCAGUCGUGUGGCAGCUACAGUGGUCUACAACGAAUACAUCAAUGACAGACAUCAUAUUCAUAUGAAUUCAACGCAGUGGGCUACUCUCACUGAGUUUGUAAAACACUUGGGUCGAACAGGGCAGUGUAAGGUGGACGAGACACCCAAGGGUUGGUUCAUUACUUACAUUGAUAGAGAUUCAGAGACGCUUUUUAAAGAGAAAAUGAAAAACAAGAGGAUGAGGGCAGAUUUAGCUGAAGAAGAGAAGCAAGAGAGAGAGAUACAGAAGCAAAUUGAGAGGGCUGAGCAAUUAGCACCUUUGGCUUCUGUAUCUGCUGAACCUUUGGAGGCUGAACAAACGAGGGAGUUAAAAUUGGAUAGUGGUGUUAAGCUUGGAUUUUCUUUGGGAACAACAUCAAAAUUAAAGGAGAAAGGAGAGAGUUCCAGGGUGGUUUUUGAUGAGGAUGAGAAUGGUGAGACUGCCAAGGGGAAAUCUGGAGAGACUUCCAAAAACAAGAUGGGUAGCGGUGGUCUGUCAGCUUUGGAGGCGUUGAUGAGAGAAGAAGAGAUGAAGAAGGAGAAGAUUAAUAGAAAGGAUUACUGGCUGUGUGAGGGAAUAAUUGUGAAGGUCAUGAGUAAGAAUUUGGCUGAGAUGGGAUACUAUAAACAGAAGGGAGUUGUGCGAAAGGUGAUUGAUAAAUAUGUUGGAGAGAUUGAAACGCUUGAUGGAAAGCAUGUGUUGAGAGUUGAUCAAGAAGAAUUAGAAACAGUGAUACCACAAAUUGGUGGCUUAGUCAGGAUAGUGAAUGGGGCAUAUCGUGGAUCGAAUGCUAGGUUGUUGGGUGUUGACACCGAUAAGUUUUGUGCCAAAGUGCAAAUAGAAAAGGGUGUAUACGAUGGCCGGGUGCUUAAGGCUGUUGAAUAUGAAGAUAUCUGUAAACUUGCAUCAUAACUUUGAGAUUGAAGUGAAACUCUCUAUUUGUACUUUUGUUUUCGAUAUUUUCAGAAAGCAUAUUUGUGCUAAUAUGACAUUUGAUGUCUUCCAAAUACU